GUGGUUUUGCAGGGCUGAACCCAGCCAGGGGCUAAAUUAGGCUACGAGGGGUGUGUAAGCAAUGAUCCCAUCUCGGUCUGUUUCUCUGCCGUUUAGUUGCUGCUGUGCGAUUUGCGAUGGGAUCGACGCUCUCUGUGGAUGAUUCUGUCCGGGUCGUAAUAGUCGGAGGGGGCUUUGGAGGGAUUGAAGCUGCCCGCCUCCUGCAAGAUUGGGGGGUCCCCUUCGUCCUGGUGGACAUGAGAGAUUCCUUCCACCACAACGUGGCUGCUCUGCGGGCUUCCGUACAGAGCGGAUUUGCAAAGAAAACCUUUAUCUCCUUCUUUGGGACCUUCAAAGAGAGUUUCCAGCAGGGCAAAGUAGUUGGGAUUGAUUUGGAGAAAUAUCAGGUCCUACUGAAUGAUGGUCAAGAGCUUUCAUUUUCUCACCUAAUACUUGCCACCGGAAGUGAAGGGCCUUUUCCUGGGAAGUUUAAUGAACUUACUAACAUGGAGAUGGCCAUUCAAGCUUAUGAGGACAUGGUCAACGAGGUGGAAAAAGCUGCUCGGGUAGUAAUUGUAGGUGGCGGUUCUGCCGGUGUUGAAAUGGCUGCAGAAGUUAAGACAACAUAUCCUAACAAAGAGGUCACACUGAUUCAUUCAAACAUGGCACUGGCAGACGUCGAGCUCCUUCCCAGGGUCAGGCAGGCAGUGAAGGAGACUCUUCAACAGGAGGGUGUGCAUCUCUUGUUGGGUCAGAAAGUUUCUAACCUCCAUAUGCUGUCCUUAAACCAAUUCAAGGAGAACAUGAUGGUGAAGACCAGUAAAGGUACAGAGGUUACUGCUGAUCUGAUCAUUCUCUGCACUGGAAUAAAAGUCAACUCUUCAGCAUAUAGAAGUGCAUUCAGAGACAAGCUGGCAAAUAAUGGUGCUUUGAAAGUGAAUGACUAUCUUCAGGUUGAGGGUUAUGACAAUAUCUAUGCCAUCGGUGACUGCGCUGAUGUGAAAGAGCCAAAGAUGGCAUAUCAUGCUGAACUCCAUGCAAAUGUUGUGGUGACCAAUAUCAUCAACAGCCUGACUCAGAAGCCUCUGAAAACCUAUCAACCAGGAUCACUUACCUUCCUGAUCUCCCUGGGAAGUAAUGAUGGAGUGGGACAAAUCAGUGAAUGGUAUGUAGGGCAUCUCUUAGUGACUGUGGUCAAAAGUAAAGAUCUUUUCAUUUCAAAAAGUUGGAAGAAGAUGCAUCAGCAUAUGCCAUGCUAGAAAUGGAACUGCCAAAAACAAACAGAACUGAUGGUAUCUG